AGCCGGGCCGGCGAGCAGAACCGCCGCGGGGCAGGACCGGACUGCGACGGCGAGUGAGCGGCGCGGUGGCGACGGUGGCCGGGGCAGCACGCCAUGAAGAUCGACAUCCACAACCACAUCCUGCCGAGGACGUGGCCAAACCUUGCCGAGCGGUAUGGCUACGGCGGUUUUGUUCAGCUGGAGCACUGCCCGAGCACGCCGGACACAGCACGGAUGAUGCGGGAUGGCCAGCUGUUCCGGGUCAUCAAGUCCAACUGCUGGGACCCCGAGGUCCGACUGAAGGAGAUGGACGAGACGGGCGUCACCGUGCAGGCGCUCAGCACCGUGCCAGUUAUGUUCAGCUACUGGGCCAAGCCCGCGGACACGGCGGACCUGUCUCGCAUUCUGAACGACGACCUGGCGGCCACCGUGGCCAAGCACCCCGCGCGGUUCGUCGGUCUGGGGACGGUGCCGAUGCAGGCGCCGCUGCUGGCUGUGGAGGAGAUCAAGCGCGUCCGGAGCGAGCUGCACAUGCCUGGCAUCCAGAUCGGCUCGCACAUCGGCGACUGGAACCUGGACGCGCGUGAGCUCGACCCAGUCUGGAAGGCGUGCGAGGAGUUCGGCUGCGCCGUGUUCGUGCACCCGUGGGACAUGGAGCUGGGGGGUCGGCACUCCAAGUUCUGGCUGCCCUGGCUGGUGGGCAUGCCGGCGGAGACGGCCACAGCCAUCGUCUCGGUGCUGCUGGGCGGCGUGCUGCAGCGCUUCCCGCGACUCCGGCUCUGCUUCGCGCACGGCGGCGGCUCCUUCCCCUACACGGUCGGCAGGAUCGACCAUGGCUUCCGCUGCCGGCCCGACCUGUGCGCCCAGGAGACAGCAGUGCCACCUCGUGCCCAGUUAGGGAAGUUCUGGUGCGACUCGCUGGUACACGACGGCGCUGCCCUCAAUUUGCUGACGGAAGUUAUCGGGAAGAAACGGGUCAUCUUUGGGUCCGACUACCCCUUUCCACUGGGGGACCUUCAAGGAGGAAAAAUCGUGGAGGACCUCACUGAUGCUCAACUGCGGGACGACAUCUUCGCUGAGAAUGCCCUGGAGUUUCUCGGUCUGGACAAGUCCACCUUCGAGUGAAAAGUUCCAUUUACUGGAUCGCUGGCAUGUAUUCUUCAACGCAUUCCUGUACGCACCGAUCAACUACGAUGAACGACAUCCAACAAAUGCGAGGUGAAAGGAAAUAUAUCUUACCCGCAAGCUAACACGAGAUAUUUGAUAAUUCCAGCGGUGUGACUGUCCUGCUGGAUACACACAGCGAUCCAUGCACAACGGCAUAACCAGGGCGUCCAGAUCUCAUUCAGUACCGAACAUGGGAACACCCAACAAGGCACUUUUAGUGGAUGCUGGAAGCAUCCACUGACCGCGACGCGCGCUGCAUUAUCGCAUGCAACACUUCGAUCGUUGCAUGUAACAAGUAUUCUGUAGUUUCGUUAUCACCGGUGGUUCUGUCUCUAUCGCAGCGUACUUUAUCGCCGAAUUUUGCUGGUGUUGUGCCACAGACCAACGCCGAAUGUUGUGUAUUGCUUACACGCCAGAUCAGCACAGCUCUGCGGGCGUCGUCGGAACUAUCGCUGGCCCACGGCAACGGAGCCCAACGCUGUCAUUAGACUAGCCUUGGGGCUGGCUUGGCCUCCGUCGGAGUGAGCGCAUCCAUCGUGCAAGCGAUUUUCGCACUCGUGGUUUGGUUCUGCUGAUCAACAUUGUCUUGUAGUGACAAUGCAUGAUUCGAAAAAAUCGCAUCACGCAAUACGUUUAGACGACUAUUUGAAGCUCUUAAUUUGUACUCGGGUACCAAACCAAACUCAGAUUCUUUUAUUUACCUAGCCAUGAAAAUGAAGUUUUGGGUUCGUGCUAUGGAUCACGUAUUGCAAGCAGCGAAACUCUAAUUUAAGCAUCUGCAUGCGAUAUCGCUACCGACGAUUCACAGGCGCACAAAAACCCACGCACAAACCAAACGCCGACCCAGAAAACAGCACGUAUGCGUUUGCCGCGGCGAGAUCUACCGGUAAGCUGUUUGCACAUGUGGUGUACUAUGUCUGCAUGUGGAAAAAGUAUGGCGUAGACAGCCGUAGGUUUCGUACCUUUCUGCCUCAUUCAUUUCGAGCGGCAUUUGAGCUUAUGAUAGUGUUCAGCUCAAUUAAUGACGCAUUUAGGUGUUAAGGCCAAGCUCAACAGCGCACCUUGACACGCCGGUCGCAGCGAAUGAUCACAAGAUGUUGCAUGCCGUUGUGGGCUGCACAAUGCAUAGAGCUACCACAACCAAGUUUUGCGCAAUUUGUACUAGCAGUGUACCACAAUUAGCAGCGUUGUACUUACGUGAAGCGUGUGAACUAUCAGCUUCGUGUAGUGCAUAAUGCGGGCGUGUUUUGCUAUCAUACACGUGUAUCCCAUGUGUCAAGGUAAAACUGCACGGCAAUGCUGUGUUGACGAUGGGGGCGGGGGAGCACCCGACCUGAAGUCUGAAGUGGCAAGUCUUGUAGGACUUGGUCAAAAUGUAAACGUUUACUACGCGGAGUUCACAGAUUAUCUAGGUGAGGUCUGUUGAAGGGUCUGGUGAUGCAAAUGCCGCAGUCACUGCCGCAUCUGCUGUUGUAGAAGCCCACUUCUGACUGAAAUCAGAGGUCGCUCCUUAAAAUUGGUGGGUGGCGAAUUGCAAAUUAUGGGAAACCAUAACAGAGCCAACCAAAGUUACCGGCUUGGCCAAAACUGGGUCGGCCCGGAGCCGCGACCAGGCCCGACCUUAUCAUUGACCUCAUCAUCGACCUCACCAUCGAUCUCAUCAGGGCCGGCCCGCUCACGGGAUGUGGUCGAAGUCGAGCGAGCAGGUCUGAGUAAGCGACAUCCUCUUGCGCAGCACCCGCCGACCCUCGUCGCCGGAGAGGUGGCGCCACUCGC